AUGGCCAUGAAAGUCCAACUUCAGAAUCUGUCAAAAGGAUCGCUCUCAAUGAUUGACUAUAUUCAACGCAAAUGGUCCAUUGCGGACUCUCUCGCUGAGAAUCUUCACCCAGUUCCGGAGGAAGAUUUGAUUAGCUACAUUCUCACGGGACUUGACUCCUCCUAUGCCGCCUUUGCCACGACGUUCAUGAUGCAGUCGGAUAACAUCACUGUUGACGAUCUUGUUGGUUUUCUUUUGCAAGAAGAGGCACAGAUUGAACAUGAACAUACUCGCAACGCUCCACUUCUCAAUUUUGUUCUAACCGUUGCCUCACCUAUCUCUAGUUCCACCGCCUUGGCAGCACAACGAUCCUCUACCCGGGUCCAAUCAUCUCAAAAUAACUCUCAUGCUUCUAGUCCACAGCGAAAUCCCGACAAUCGUCGGCAUCGCCCUAUGUGUCAGCUAUGUAGUCGUCUCGGACAUGAAGCUAUCGACGACUAG